AGAAAUCAUAAAAGUACACUAACCUACAAAACCCGUAUUGGUAUUUCAUGAAUACUUUCUGUUAGAUCGACUAUUAAAGCCUGAAGUACAAAAUAAAUCAACCCAAGUUUAACUGAGUGAUAACAAAAUGGCUUCAAAAGAAGGAGGUGAUAAAGGAAAGUCAUCUCAAGGUGCGGGAGACAAUAAAGAGAAGAGGAGGAAAGAAUCUAUCCUCGACCUAAGCAAAUAUUUAGAAAAGAGUAUUCGAGUGAAGUUUGCUGGCGGUCGGGAAGCGGCGGGAAUUCUUAAAGGCUAUGAUCCUUUGUUAAAUCUUGUAUUAGACAAUACUACCGAGUUUCUCAGAGAUCCAGAUGACCCAUACAAACUAUUAGAUGACACAAGAGCACUUGGACUUGUCGUGUGUCGAGGUACCUCUGUUGUACUAAUAUGUCCCAUGGAUGGUAUGGAGGCCAUACCCAACCCUUUCAUCACCCAAGAUGGAUAAACUCUACGCAUAUUCCUAAUUUAAGGUGUAACUGUAUAUUAAGUAAAAUAUAAGAAAAUUUCAGUAUAAAAACAUCA